UAGAAGAAGAGCUGCGCGAAGCAAAGAGACAAGCGCGUAAACUAAAUUUCCUCAUAACUCAGACUGAACUUUAUAGUCACUUUGUUGGGAAAAAAAUCGGAACCCAAACGACAAAUGAAACUUCGGAAAAUUCCACCCAGGCUGAUGUGGUGACCAACGAACAAAUUACAGAAUCUUCAUCUGCAGAUUUGAAUAUAGACAUGGAUAUGGAUGCUGAAUCCGAAGCUCCUGCUCUCCCAUCUUUCGAGGAUAUUGAUUUUGAUGAAGACUCUGAAGAUGCCCUUAGAGAGAAGGCGCGCAUAAUUGCGCAAAAUGCUCUUAAACAAGUCAAAAAACAUACUGCUGAUUUUGAUGGUGAAAGAACCGGUAGUGGGCCAACCGAGAUUUCUGUGACGAAUCAAGAUUUGGAUCAAAUGAACUUUCAAAAUCCAUCCAGUAUGCCAUCAAUGGCAGAAAUUAAACAACCAUCUAUACUAGUAAAAGUUACUUUGAAGGAUUAUCAGUUAAGAGGAUUAAAUUGGCUAGCUAAUCUUUAUGAGCAGGGUAUUAAUGGGAUUUUGGCUGACGAAAUGGGGUUGGGAAAAACGGUUCAAUCUAUAUCGUUAAUGGCUCAUCUUGCAGAGACCCAUAAUAUAUGGGGUCCAUUUUUAGUAAUCGCUCCAGCUUCUACUCUUCAUAAUUGGCAAAAAGAAAUAGCUGAAUUUCUUCCUGCUUUUAGGAUUUUGCCGUAUUGGGGUACUAUGAAAGACCGAGCUAUACUGCGAAAAUCCUUAAAUAAGAGAAAUUUAAUAUUUAAUCAAGAUGCACCAUUCCAUGUCGUUAUCACAAGCUACCAAUUGAUCGUUCAAGAUCAAGGCUAUUUUUCAAGAACAAAAUGGCAAUAUAUGAUUUUAGAUGAGGCACAGGCUAUCAAGAGCUCCACCAGUGCACGCUGGAAAACUCUUCUUGGUUUUCAAUGCCGUAAUCGACUCUUGUUGACUGGUACACCAAUUCAAAAUAGUAUGCAGGAAUUAUGGGCACUUUUACAUUUUAUUAUGCCGACUCUCUUUGAUUCUCAUCAAGAGUUUAGCGAAUGGUUUUCUAAGGAUAUUGAAAGUCAUGCUGAAAAUAAAGGUUCAUUAAACGAGCACCAACUUAAACGAUUGCACAUGAUAUUAAAACCUUUCAUGUUGCGUCGUGUAAAAAAAAAUGUUCAAAAUGAACUUGGUGAUAAAAUAGAGAAAGAAGUAUUUUGCCAGCUAACAGCGAGGCAACGUACUCUAUACCGCGGUCUUCGUGAUAAGAUUUCAGUGACAGAAUUGUUAGAAAAGGCUGCAACAUGGCCUGAUAAUGAUAAUGUCGAUAGUCUAAUGAAUUUAGUAAUGCAAUUUCGUAAAGUGUGUAAUCAUCCGGAAUUAUUUGAUAGAGCAGAUGUAUCGGCUCCUUUUGCCUUUUGUAAUUACAGCUCUACAUUUAUUAUAUCACGAGAAGAACAUUUAUACCUCCCAUAUACUACAAAAAAUGCGCUUACAUACAAAAUUCCUAAAACGAUAUUCCGAAGUGGAGGCUUUUUGAAUGUACCCGGUAACAAUUCUAAUGCUGGGUCGCGUUCGUAUGUUUUUGAUCAUCUGAUGAACAUAUGGAGACCGGAUUAUAUUAAUGAAUCUUUAUGGGACGAACAAAAUGGCACAUUUGCAUUCUUAAAAUUUGUGGAUACCAGCCCUUCAGAAGCAUCUGAAGUUUUCUUUAGUAAUAUUUUGCAACGGUGGCUUUUUCAUCUUUUACGACGAGUACAUAAAUCUCGAAGAAGAUUUUUUAUUGCACAAGAUGGCGAAAGCUAUCCAGACGUUCCAACCAAUACAUAUGCUCGUUUUCUGAUUGCUGAAACAGCAUCUAAGCUUGCACCUAUGAAUAUUGAAGAAUCAUCGGUCCUCAGUAAUUUAACAAAUAUUUUUGAAAAUAUUACUAGACAUGAAUUGGUUGUAUUGGACCUAUGUUAUAUGCCAAAGGCAAUCUCUCCUCCAAUUCAACCUAUAUGUAUAGAUAAAGGUUUUUAUAAUGAUCAAGAACAACUUAUGUUUAAUCCAUUUAUAAGGUGUGCCCUCUCAGGAAUAAAAGAAUUAAUACCUCAGAAUGAGCGGAAUUCUAGCAUUGUUGGUCAAUUCUUAAUGCAAUCUGAGGGUGAGGGCAUAAUAGGUCAAACAUACCGAAAAGAUAAUGGGUUCUCUUAUAUGCGAGUUCCACCUCUUAAAAAACUUGUUUUAGAUUCUGGAAAAUUGACAAAACUUGACGAAUUACUCAAAGAGCUUAAAGCUGGUGGCCAUCGAGUGUUAAUUUACUUUCAAAUGACACGCAUGAUUGACUUGAUGGAAGAAUAUCUUGCGUACAGACAAUACAAGUAUUUAAGACUCGAUGGUUCAUCAAAAAUAGCCGAUCGUCGCGAUAUGGUCGAAGACUGGCAAACACGAUCCGAAAUAUUUGUUUUCCUGUUGAGUACUCGUGCUGGUGGUUUAGGUAUUAAUUUGACAGCAGCGGAUACUGUCAUUUUUUAUGACAGUGAUUGGAAUCCUACAGUUGACCAACAGGCCAUGGACCGUGCACAUAGAUUGGGUCAAACUAAGCAAGUUACUGUGUACAGACUGAUAACCAAAGGUACUAUCGAAGAAAGGAUCCUUCAGCGCGCGAAACAAAAAGACGAAAUUCAAAAAGUUGUAAUAUCCGGUGGUGAAUUCAAGCAAGUCGACUUCAAACCGCGAGAGAUUGUAUCGCUGCUUCUUGAAGAUGAUGAGCUUGAAGCUAAACUUCGUGAUCAACAGUCAAAGCGAAAGGUCGAAGAUGAUGAUCUUAAGAAAAAAGGAAAUGGUGGAAAACGCCGUAAGAAAGAUUCAAAUUCUGGUGCCAGUUCUUCAGUCAUUUCAUCUAGAACCCUUGAAGAUUUAUGGCAUGAAGGAGAACCGCCUAUGGUAGAAACAGAAGGUAGCGGUGUUACUACACCAACGAGUUCUGUUGGUGGCACGAAGAAAAAACGUACGAGAAAAGCAACGUCUAAAUCAGCAUCAAAAGCACCAAAGA